UUUACAUUAUUCUUUUCAAAAAUCAUUUGUCAUUCUUGUUUCUUGAGCUGCAAGGAAAAAGAAAACAUGUCACUCCCUAAUUUCACUGCUCUUAGAGAGCUACAUAACUCCGCAAAUAAUCUCCUCCACUCACCAGAGAUUCAAAAAAUUCUUAUCAAUCAGAAGCAAGAAAAAUUGGUCCAACAAUUAUGCGAUGCAUCUCUAACAAUGUUGGACGUUUGUGGCAUUUCUAAAGAUGUUAUUCUGCUUGUCAAAGAACAUCUUUUAGACUUGCAAUUUACGUUACGGAGAAAAAUCGUUAAUCAACCAAAUAUCAACGCGAAGAUUUCCGCUUAUAACCACUACAGAAAGAAGCUAAGGAAAGAGACUAUGAAAUGUCUAAAUUCUUUAAAGGGAAUGCAAAGUAAAUCACUAGGUUUCGCGGUUAAAUCAACGGUGGAUCAUAAACUUAUGGUCGUUGUCGAAGUGCUAAGAGAAGUGAGAGUCAUUACAAUCUCCAUUGUUGAGUCUUUGUUGUCUCUUAUUUCUAUACCGUGGCUGGAUCGGAAAUCUACUACAGGAUCAUUCGGUUUCAGGUCGAAGUUGUUUAAGGUAUUGGACGAUUUUUGCGACGAAACGGCACUUCAAAGUGCAAAUAAGAGACUUGAGGCAGUGGAGAUUGCGAUUGAAGAUCUUGAAGUUGAGUUAGAGUGCAUAUCAAGGCGUUUAAUACAGACUAGGGUUUCACUUCUUAAUUUACUUACUAAUUAGGAUACUAAAUCAAGGGAAAACAAUAACUAUUUAGUAUUCAUUUUAUUUAAGGGACUGAUUUACCAUGGCUGACAACUUUACAGAAUUGAUUUGUAAUAUUAUUCUUUCAUGUUUAACUCAUUCGUU